AUGGCCAAAAUUUACAAGGAAACUAAAGUCGACGUCCGGCCCAUCGCGCCGAAUGCCGUCGUCGACAUCCAGAUUCCGACGCAGGAGAACGCCCAGCGUCGGGCCCGAUUCUCGAUUUCUUCAGUGACGGCGCAAGAUAUCCCCAGUAUCAAGGACGAGGACGAUUUCGCGAGACGAUUUCUAGCAACACAAGGCUCACUUUAUUUCCGACGACGGAAAGUCUAUCCUCGAACGUUUCUGUGGAGAGUCGUCGAUGACAACAAGGUCCUGGAGAUUCAAUCUGCGGACUUGGUGAGGGGUGGCAUUGAGCACCAUGAAGUGAAUCUCAUGCUCCGGUUUGAUUUCCAGGAGGCGAUUCUGCCUUCAGGAGUCGCACUGGCAGAUACGGAGGAACACGAGGUGCUGAAUGUCUUCGUGCUCACGGCUUCCAGGCGUCUUCAUACUCUAGCUCUGCGACCGGAGUUCUUUCGACGGGCUUCCGCGAUCGAUGAAAAUAUCCUAGACUGGUGCAAAGCGUGUACACCGUCGCCACUGACCUUCUCGCAUCCUCAUCGCCUUCACGCGAGCAGUACCACGGAGCUAUUCAUCUCGUUGGACAGUGGGGCGCUGCUUCGGUUGACUAGGAGAGCUGGCGACGAUGGUACAGUUUCUUCUGUUACUAUACACAAAAGUGGCUGGGGUGCUUCGCUUCGUGGUCUUAUGAAAUGGGGCACACAACCGACAAUCCGCUAUAACGGGCGCAGCCUCGAUCAGAAUACACCGAAUGCCAUUGCUACGACAUCUGAUCAGACCUAUGUCUUCGCGGUUUGUUUGAAUCACACUCUAAAGGUUUGGAAUCUCGCAACGAACAAACUGGUUGGUUCGAAGGAUCUCCUCGACCGUCAGGUACAGCAGCAGGACUCAGCAGCGUACUUUUUGAACCCGUCAGAUUCAGCCUUCAUCCGCGUAUUCAACGCUGAGAGGGCUCUGGAUGGUGGAUAUCGCUACUAUAUCCUGACAUACUCUCCUCACGAGGACGGGCGUUUCAAAUUCUGGGCUGUCAAGGGGGGUCUAACCACGCAGUUGACGAUCGAGGAUUUGUUCCCACAGGCGGUCUUGAGACCAUUCGAUCCUGAUCCAUCCGGGAACAUGUUCUGGAGCGUUGCCGACUUCCAAGUGCGACCUAUGGAGGAAGGAAAACGCAUGGAAUUAUGGGUUCUAUGGCGGAAUAAUAACCUGUACCAGCUGUACAGUUUGCAUUUUGAUUUUCAAAGCUUAGUGGAAGACUGGUCAAACAAUUGGACCUCGAUCGCUUUGGACACGCGACGAAACGACCCGCCGCCUGCUUUGGUGGUCUCAGACAAUGUCGACCCAACGGAGAAGUGGCUGAAGUACUUUUUCCAUCCUGGGAGGUAUUCUCCCGAGGCUUUGGAGGCGGCGUUGGUAACCUAUCAAGAAGCGUUGAAGCCUCGAUCCUCUCCGUCCAUCCUCAAGAAGAGCGCACCUUUGCAAGAACGACUCUGUUCAACGAUUGCUGCUACUGUAUCAUUGCGAAAGUAUUCGGAAACCGAUCUGGAUUAUGCCAGAUAUCGAACCGAUACAGACGCCAAAUGGCGUCAGUUCUGGCAGAUUGCAGAGGAUAUCAACAACAGGAGAUUUGAGCCGAUAUCUCUUGCUUAUGACUCAUACAGCGAUUUGCCCUGGGUGUUGCUUACCGACUCUUGCGUUCUCGUUCGGGAAUGCAGUGCCAUGGAACUGCUGCUGCAUAAUUCAGCAUCAGUCCUACGUGACGAAGCAGCGAAGAUUGGGGAUCGCUGGAGGCACAGAAAUCUUGAAACAGAACUUGGCGACCGAUACGAUCAGGCGUCCUAUCUGAUUGAGGUUGCCGCUGGUUUCAGGAAGCGCCUUCCCGCUGAGGUUCACCGUUCUUGUCAGUCUGCCAUAGAAGCCGAAAUAUUCAUGGAACCUUCUCUCUCGGCUCCGGAUAGAUUGGCGGCUUUUCAAGAGCGUUCUGAACUGGGCGAGCGGGUUUCGGACGAUAUCUUCGACAGCCUAUGCGCUGCGAUGAAUGAGCGUCUCAAUAUCUACAAGCUUCCAAGCGAAUUAUUCUAUGCCAUUAUCGACACGAUACCGCUGGGGUUCCCUGGGAAAGAUUCGGAUCUCUUAUUAACCGCAUUCGGGCUGAGAGCGACGGUCAACGGUUCCCAAGAGACGAUUUCAGAUACCUGCCAGAUUCUGUACGAUCUUCUCAUUCUGGUUGUAUUCAUCGCCGGAGAGAUCAAUCAAGAGGAUGGAUCAACCUUCGAUGCCGUGGAUCUGUUUUCAACGCUCAUCGAAGUAAUAAAGGAAUAUAAAAUGCUGUAUUGGUUGAGUUCGACAACUCGUGUAUCUCCCAACAGGGCCCAGAAUGACGCCGGUGACAGCUCAGUGUCGACGUUUUCGCUCAAGCCUCAGACGAAAGGCACGGGGGUCGUAUCGACAAUCCUCGAAGAUCUCUUCGCUGUCCACAUCAAACCUCGCCCAGCUGUCGGUGUGCCCCAAAGCUACACGUUGACUCAGGGCAUUCGCGAUGUUCUGUCCUGGGUGACCAGACAGGGUGAGGUGGCGUUUCCAAACGUCUUGGUUUUCAUACAGUGCGACCUGAUUGCCAAUGGUAAUAUUGACCUCGCAUGCGAUUUCCUUCGCUUCCAGCCAAACACUGCCUGGGCAACGUAUGCGAAGGGUCGCUUGUAUGUGGCCAAGUCUGAAUUUGAUACUGCAGCACUCUACUUCCAGAAGGCUGCUCAUCUUCUCUCUUCUGGCAGGGCUCUUGGCAAUCUGCAUGAGAUGUCUUCGAGUCUUCUUGAUAUCCUUUCUGUGGAUAGCUUCAAUAACGGUCUUCCGAAAUACUUCCAGCAUGUCAUCAGCGUAUUUGAACAAGCCCGGUCAUUCUCCCAUGUGGCGGACUUUGCAUCCCUUGCGCUGCAGGCGCUGGAGAGGGACAAUCAAAAAGCAGAGCAUGACCCGGAGUACGCAGAUUUACGGAGCGACCUUCUGUCCCGACUUUUCCACGCCUCCCUAAAAACCUGCCAAUUUGACAAAGCCUACUCCGCCCUUUCUCGCUACACCAACCUGACGUUGCAAAAGUCGGCACUCAGUUCUCUCAUAACUUCCAUCUUCUCUGCGUACGGAGGGUCGGCAGGCCUCGAACAACUACUUCGUUUCCCGCUUUUGCUGAAUCCAACCCUGUCGUCUUAUGUGGACGAAAUCCUUUUAUCGCUUGCUAAGAAGCAGACAUCUUUCCGCUCUGCUCUAGAACCGGACGACAGGUUGUGGGAAGGGAAUAACAGCACGCCGGAUUAUCACCGCAUUCUGUACGCGUAUCGAAUCGCGCGAAAUGACUUCCGCGGCGCAGCCGAACUGGGCUAUCAGACUGUCCAACGGUUGCGGAAUGCAAGAGAUGCUCCAUCAUCGCAACUCACUCUCGCGAAACGUAUCAGAGAUGAGGGCGAUACGAACCGGCUGGUGGAGGAGGAUGACAUGGAGAGCAAGGAGAUCCGGCAUGAACUCCUGUCGUUGAUCAACCUCCUUGCUUGCGUCGACAAGAACGAGGCAUACAUCCUCGUCGAGCUCGACGGACCGUCGCCUGCGGCUCCUACUCUUACUGCAUCGGAAGCGGGCUCACCUGGAAAACGCCAGGAUGGAGAUGAUGUGUUCAUGGAAGAUGCCACACCCUCCAAGAAUCCACCAGCGGCAACCAACGGCAGUCUGCUUUCUUUUUUUGGAGGCAGCCGCAGAGCCAGCAGCGGGUCUUCUGUGGCUGGCGCAAGCAACACUGGGCCACAACAGAGCACCACCACUACCAACAACCAUAACAAUACCAAUACCAAACAACAACCACGCAGGGUUGUAGUGACCUUAGACCACCUGCGGCGCGAAUACCAGGCAGAAUUGGACCGAGUAAGCCGGAUCGAACGAGGGGAUUGGGAGUUUGGCGCGGUCGAAGGAUCCGAGGAUCAGGAUAUGGAUGAUACCUUGCUUGCGAACAUUUAA